UCAUGUAAUAUCCCAAAUUUUCUGAAAUUCUAGCAUUUAAGUUGAGGACCUUUGUGUGAGAAAAUAUCAUUUUGGGGCUUAUUAGCUAAAAUAUCCAAACUUAAGGGACUUAAAAGAGAAAAAGAUUUGGAUAAGGAUCAGCUAUUUUUUUCCUUCUUUCUCCUUCCUCACCUGCGCGUUUGCUCUUCUUUUUCUUCUCCCCUACACCAAACAAGAGCCCCAAGCCCGACAGCACCUCCCCUUGAGAACCGAUCUACUCUACUCUUCCUCCCUAUCUGCCGGUGUUGCUAGGCACGAAUUUCUGGGCUUUUUCUGAAUUGCCGCCCGCUUCUCCCCCCGCCAGGUCCAGUUCUGCAGCUGGAAAAAUUCUAGUAUGUUGACAGCUCCUCCAAGCCCGAAAUUUCAUCAAUUAGUUGCUGAAUUUUGUCCAUUUAUUUGCUGCCCUGUGCUGAAAAAUGGGGAUGAAUUUCGGUAUUAAUUAGAGCAUAAUUAAGCUUAAUUCAUGUAUAAUUGCUUGAGUUGACUGCUGUGAGAUUUUGGAGAGAAAUCCCGUGAGAUUAGUUAUGGUUUUGCCAAUUUUUGGAAGUUGCAGUUACUGUUCACGGGUACUGUUCAUGCACUAAUGGCGAACAAUAGAAGGGUUUAAAUGUUAGUUAUACUGAGAAUGAAAUUGAGAUGUUUGGUCAUAUGGUUGAAUUUCGUGUGAAGCUCAUUGGUUAGUAAAUUUGUGAGGUUGUGCUAAUAAUUCUAGCAAAGUUUGAAUGUAUUUAUUUGGAAUAUUAGGUGCUGUUAUGGCUUAGAGCACUGGGAUUGAGUCCUGGCUUUAUGCGAUUGAGUCGAACAAAGCCCCCAAGCUGCCGACAGCCCUCCCUUGAAGAAAAACCGGUAAAAGCUUGGGGAUUUCUCUUUCUUUUCUUGUUCUAGAACACAUAUAGAACCCAGAAAUCUCCCCCCCCCCUCUGCAGAAAUCCCGGAUCUGCUCUGCUCUGUUCUGCUCCUCACCGUCGGCUGCUCUUGUUUGUGGGUGCGAAAUUCUUCAAAUUUCUGAUCCCCCUGAAUUUCUCCUUCAUUCCCGCCGGCUUUCCCUAGCUUGCAGCUCCGGUUUUUGCUGCUGAAUUUUGGUUCUUGAUCAUUGGUUGCCCUAGCACUUGGAUUGAGUCCUCGGUUUAGGUGAUUGAGGAAGCGAAGUCAAGGACGGGAAAAAACGAGGGAAGUGACGAGUUAGAAGGCUAGCCAUCUUGUAAAUUUGAUAUAGAUUUUAGAUAUAGAUCAUGCUCUUGUAAGUUAGAUUUUAAUUGGAGAUUUUAUAAAUUCAUUUAAUGGAUUAUUAGUUUACAAGAGAUUUGACCUUGAGAUUUUGAGCUUAAGUCAUGUUGGGCAUAAAAUUAUUUUGAAAUAUUUGAUUUAAGUUAUUGGAUUGUUAGAAGUGAAUUGGAUAAGUUCCGAGUCUUGUGCAUUUGUGGGAUCCUCUCACGAGUGUACAGCGUCUUACAUGUCCCGGAUUUGGGUUCUUGGGCAUGACAGAUUUAGUGGUAUCAAAGUUUAGGACUUGUUUAGCACUUGGCUGGCCAAUGAAUUUUAGAACCGUGGCGAGACGAGUGAUGGGGUUAUAUAAGGGACGAAUCUGAGUCAUGUUGCUUGAAUUUUCUAAUCCAUUUUGAUGAGAUGGUAAUCUGAUUGUUCUUGUUUCUUGCCUUCAUACCCUGUGUAGAUUCAUGAAAUUAAUCUUGUCCACCAUGUUCUUAAGACUUUAUUUUGAAACUUGGUCAUUUUCUGAUAGUCUGCACUUGUUUAGACUAGUUACGUGAAUAGAAUUUUUGUAUGCUCUUUUGCCACCAUUGUAAAAUCUGGAGAGUUGCAGAGAUCUUUUGUUAUUGAUCAUGUUGGUCUCUACAGCAUAGCUGGUUAAGAAACUUGUUCUGUUUGUCACAUAACCAGUGGAAGAUGGGCAGAUCCUCUACUUUGUAAGAGAUUCAAGGCUAUUUUAGCAAAUGUUGUGUGUUUUCUAGAUAUGUUUUAAGAGCUGGAUAACAUGGUAAUUUCGCUGCUCAUUAUCUUUCUGAAAGCCUUAUAGUGAAAUUUCACUUUUUCCAUUUAGAGCUUCGUGGUCUUUUCAUGUGGCUCAUUUUUCUAUAUUGGUUAAUCAAAAAAAGUGAUCAAUUCAAUUGAAAUUGCCUUGUUUUUGUGAAGAUUGGCAAGUUGUCAUAAAGUUAAACUCUCUAUUGUUGCUAAUCUCUACAUUCUUGAUACUUGGAAACUGCUUGAAACUCUUGAAAUCCAUCUUGAAUCUUUCUUGAUAUUGCUUUGUACUUGUUCUUGAAACUGAAAUCCAGAAAUGGAUAAUGAUUAUUGAAAUCCUUAUUAUCUUGAUACUUGUCUGAAACUAUUUCUUGAAACUAUUUCUGGCAUUGUGCUUGGAAUCGGUUCGUAAACCUUGCUUGAAAUUAAUUCUUGUUGGAAUUCUACUCUUGAAAAUCGACUGAUAUUGUUAUUGGAAUCUAUUCUUGAAAAUCAAUUGAUAUUUGGUUU